CCACACAAGGCCCGAUCUCACUUGUGACCAGGCCUACCAGUGACACUCGUCCUGGCUUCUCUAGCUAGCCAGGCGGGAGGCUCCAGGCUCCCGGGGGCUCCAACAUUCCGAAUAGAUCCCGUCAUCGGGACUAUCGGUGUCUGCUAGCCGCGUUCGUGCAUCCGUGAUAUAAUGAUAAAUACAUUCAUCUAUACGGCUUUCUCUAUACCGUUCCCGGCCGCAGCUAUUCACUAUGCCUCACUCUCUACCGUCGUCGCCCAAGUCGACGCCUAAAGAUGGCAAAAACGGCAUCACCAAGUUUACCAAUUGUCGUAUCCUGAAAGGCGACUCGUUGGUCGACGAGGAUCUCUGGGUGAACUCUGUCACCGGGAAGGUCAUCAAAAGUCAAGCGGCAUUUUACGAUGACUUCAUCCUCCCGGACGAAGUUAUCAACCUAGGCGGCCGUAUUCUGUCGCCGGGCUUCAUCGAGUGCCAGCUCAACGGGGCCUUCGGGUUCAACUUCUCGACCUUUCUUGAGCCUGCCGUGUAUGCCAAGAAGGUCAAGGAGUUGAACAGACGGAUGGUCCAGACGGGCGUCACGUCCUAUGUGCCCACGAUUACGAGCCAGAAGAGCGAACUCUACCAGAGGGUUUUACCGCACCUGGCCCCGUCCGGACACGUACAGGUGGCGGAGGAUGGUGCCGAAUCUCUCGGUGCACAUUGCGAAGGCCCGUUCCUGAGCUCAACCAAGAAUGGCAUUCACAGCGUAGAUGUAUUGCAGAAGGCCGAGUCCUUCGAGGACUUAGUGGCCUGCUACGGCGCGGAAAACUUCGACUCUGGGGAUGAAUUUAGCCCGAUGCCGAUCAAGAUGAUCACUGCCGCUCCAGAAAUCGGCAACAUGACAAAAAUCAUACCGGAAAUCACGAGCCGAGGUAUAAUCUACUCGAUCGGACACUCGGAGGCAACAUACGAGGAAGCGUCGGCAGCCGUUAGGGCCGGCGCGACGAUGAUCACUCACCUCUUCAACGCCAUGCGACCGCUGCACCACCGAAACCCCGGUAUCUUCGGCGUUCUUGGCCUGGCAGAAAGCUUGCCCCGUCCCUACUUCGGCAUCAUCGCUGACGGAGAGCACCUGCAUCCCACGACGGUUAAGAUUGCCUUCAACGCUCACCCAGACGGCUUCAUCCUUGUCACCGACUCGAUGCAUCUGGUCGGUCUGCCCGACGGCGUCUACCAGUGGACCAACGGCGCCGGCGCGAGUCACAUCAUAAAGAAAGGGACCAAGUUGAUCCUGGAAGGAUCCGACCGGAUUGCCGGAAGCUCGAUAACCCUCGUCGAAUGCGUGUCGAACUUCCUCAGCUGGUCGGGCGCGAGCGUACCGCAGGCCCUGAAGGCGGUCACGUCGACGCCGGCGGCGAUGCUGGGGCUCCAGGGCGUCAAGGGCUGCCUUAGCGACGGCGCCGACGCCGACCUGGUCGUGCUGACGGAGAAGCGCAACCCGGAGGGCGUCGAGCUCGUCGUCGACGAGGUGUGGAAGUUCGGAACCAAGGUCUUCAGCCGCUCCUGACGAGACGCAAGAAGAGAAAGGAGGUGGGCGGACGAAGAUGGUUGCGCUGCGCUGGGGCCCACCUCCUCGGCCGGGGUUAGCUGCCCUACAUAUACCGCUUGAGCACUCUGCACCGAAAAUGAAGAGAGGUGCCGAAUAGAGAAAGGCGGCGAAAAGGAUGGUUAUUUUUUCUUCUCUGCGUUGGAUCUCUUGUUCGCGAUAUACCUCUCACUACCUACAUAGAAUGACACGAUUAAGGAAACCAGAAUUCCUUUCAUAUGAUACCACACAUCUAGAAGAUGGCCACGAAGGCUGGCGGCGCAUCUCGUGUCAGCGCCGAGAAAUGGAGGCCAUGGGGGCCAUUAUUUAAUAGAUAUAGAAUACGGCGAAUACGC